AUGUCUUUAAAAGAAACAAACGACGAACUUAAUCGUGCUAUAGAGGAAAUUAUGAGAAUAUCAGAAAUGUUAAGAAAUUAUACUAUAGAAAUGUGCAACCGUGCCAAUAAUGCUGUACCCGCUAAUACUACAAUCGCCUCCGACGUCGCUGAUAUCACUUCUCGCCUCUCAAGUUUAGUCGUAGAUACUACCACCACUCCCAACAAUUUCGAUGAUAUCACUUCUCGCUUCUCAAGAUUACUCGUAAAUGAAAACUCUCCAGAAAUGGAUCAAGAGAGACGUGGUGGUGGUUUUUCCAACACCAACGCGAAGUAA